GAGAGCAAAGACGCAAUUGUAUGACGUGAUAGUAUAUCCCAAAGCUUGUCUACUCUUUUGCUACACACUCAAAAGUAUGUACUUUUUGUUCACACAAAUAGUACAUACUUUUAGAGUGUAGUAUAAGUAGGCGAAUAACAGCAUAGCACUGCUUCAGCCUUUGAUAUCCCACAAUCCUGUGCAUUCCAUUCGGUGACAGUUGAGCUAGAAAAAGAAAGAUGGUGUCUGAAAGUUGUGGUUUCUGGUUAGUUUGUGUGUACAUGUACGUUUUUGACUAAUGUUUUCCACUUCUGAUGUCAUUUCUAACAAUAAAUGACUACUGUAGUAAUUAAAUAUCUGUUUAGUUCUCACCAAAGCUUGCUUUAUUUUGCUCUAUCAGAAGUCUGUUUCAUGAGGUACCUUCAUGCGCAAACACAGCCUGCAGCCUAUAAGGCAGCGAGGCAACAAGUCAGCUGCCUAAGUUUUCGGAUGUGUUUAUGUUUAUGAAGGUGUUCAAUCUCACAUACAGUAUUUCACAGAAGUGAGUACACCCCUCACUAAAUAUUUUAUUAUAUUUUUUCAUGUGACAACACUGAAGAAAUGACACUUUGCUACAAUGUAAAGUAGUGAGUGUACAGCUUGUAUAACAGUGUAAAUUUGCUGUCCCCUCAAAAUAACUCAACACACAGCCAUUAAUGUCUAAACUGCUGGCCACACAAGUAAGUACACCCCAAAAAGUACGUUUUCUCUAAUGUGUCCAUUAUGAAUGCAUUUAUUUGGCAUGAACUUGAAUAAAUCCUGAUUUUACUGUCUGACCUGCUGCACAACAUACCUAAAGAUAAUCAGAAACUGGUCCACCCUCUUACAUCAUUUACCAGGAAGAGACUGACUCAUUACUCCACUCCUUUCUGUCAUACUGAUGCCUUUUUUAAUUUCAAGACAUAAUCAAAAGGAAUCAUCGAUCAAAGAAGAAUGAAGAGAAACAUUUUCAAGAAAGAUUUAUGAGAAGUUUGUUUCUGAUCAGACAGCAGAUCUUUGUGAUUCUUGUCGUUGCUCAUUUUUGAAACCUUGAUUCAGAAAGUGACAUUAAUGUUUGGAUUGCUGGAGCUCAAACACUGAAAAUGGAUUCACCAGCUGAAUAUGAUUAUAUUUGUCCUGUGUGUCGUGAUAUUUUCAAGGAUCCUGUUGUUUUAUCAUGUAGUCACAGUUUCUGUAAAGAGUGUCUUCAGCAGUUCUGGAGAACCAAGGAAACUCAGGAGUGUCCUGUCUGUAGGAGAAGAUCCUCAAGAGAUGAUCCUCCAGUUAGUCUUGCAUUAAAAAACUUGUGUGAGUCGUUCCUGAAGGAGAGAAAUGAGAGGUGUUCAUCAGGAUCUGAGGAGAUCUGCAGUUUACACAGUGAGAAACUCAAACUCUUCUGUCUGGAGGACAAACAGCCUGUGUGUUUAGUGUGCAGAGAUUCACAGAAACACAACAAUCAUACAUUCAGACCACUUAGUGAAGUGGCUUCAUCAUAUAAGGAGGAGCUCAAUACAGCACUGAAGUCCUUACAAGAGAAACUGAAACACAAAGAAAACAUUAAAGGAGAGUUUGAGAAAACAGUUCAACACAUCAAGUCUCAAGCUGAUCACACAGAGCGUCAGAUUAAACAGCAGUUUGAGAAGCUUCAUCAGUUUCUCAGAGAUGAAGAAGCAGCUACAAUCACUGCACUGAGGGAGGAAGAGGAGCAGAAGAAGCAGAUGAUGAAGGAGAAGCUGGAGGAGAUGAACAGACACAUCUCAGCUCUUUCACACACAAUCAAAGACAUGGAGGAGAUGAUGAAAGACAAUGAUGUCUGCUUUCUGAAGAAGUUUCCAGUCUCAAUGGAAAGAGUCCAGAUCUCACAGCCGGAUCCAGAGAUGGCUUCUGGAGCUUUGAUUCAUGUGCCACGUUACUUGGGCAACCUGCAGUUCAGAGUCUGGAAGAAGAUGCAGGACAUCGUCCAAAACACUCCUGUGAUUCUGGAUCCAAACACGGCAAAUCCACGUCUCUUCCUGUCUGAUGAUCUGACCAGUGUGAGAUGGAGAGAGAACAAACAUUUGCUUCCUGAUAAUCCAGAGAGAUUUGACAAUUAUUACUGUGUUCUGGGUUCAGAGGGUUUUAACUCAGGAACACACUGCUGGGAUGUGGAGGUUAAAGAAAGUCAAUGCUGGAGUCUUGGAGUAACUACAGCAUCAAACCAGAGGAAGGGACAAGUUUUCCAUACUGAUGUCUGGAGUGUGCAAUAUGAUCAAUAUGGACUGUAUGAACGGUCUGGUUUUCAUGUUAAACAGUAUCUUGAGCGUGUGAGAGUUGAUCUGGACUAUGACAGAGGAAUGGUGUCAUUCUCUGAUCCUGUAACUAACACACAUCUACACACAUUCACAACCACCUUCACUGACACAGUCUUUCCUUUCUUUGAUAGUUUUUCUCCUCUGAGGAUCUUACCAGUCAAUAGUCAGUAAACGUUAACUUACACCUGUGGGUCUGGAUCAAGCAGCUUUCAUCUUUUACAUUCAUCAAUUAGUUUUUCUAUAGCACUUUUACUAAAGUUAGACCAAUUAGAGACAGUUUUAGGAUUCUUGUUUUUUAGGCUAAUUACCAUUUACCUGAUCAGGCCAAUUAUUCUUUCUUUGUUGGAAAGUGUGUCUCCUCCUCUCUGAUGCCGUCUUUUUACUCCUGAUUAGACUGGAAACCUCUCCAGCACUCUUGAAUAAUUUAGGUGAAAGAGAGUCCGUCUUUUUAACACUACGAACCUUGAUGGAAUGAAUGGAAUGAAUCAAUACUGAAUUUACUUAAGCUGGACAAUGAAACCAUUUUCUUUAAGAGCUGCUGUGCAGCCGAAAUUAUUUGCCAGUUAUCACUGUAAAGCUGCUUUGACACAAUCUGCAUUGUAAAAAGCGCUAUAUAAAUAAAGGUGACUUGACUUGACUCCCCACCAGAUUCCCCUAAAUCGCACUGUGAACAGAUUGUUGACAGUACAGGUCCAGUGCCUUAUCAGUUCGAACCUUUGGACCCUCACAUACAUACAGGAGAAAGUGAAGAUGAACCUGAUGAAGUGCAGAUAGAAGUCGUCUCGCACUGGUGUUCGUGUGGUAACUGCUUCAGACUCAGUCCCGGGGAGAAUGUAUGUUGUAAAGAAAUACCGCAGAUCUACAACCAGUCGCUCAUCCAGCACAAGAAACUACUUUUCAAGAACCAGUCGCACAUCCAAUACAAGAAACACAAGAAACUACUUUGCAGCAACCAGUCGCUCAUCCAAUACAAGAAACUACUUUCCAGCAACCAGUCGCUCAUCCAACACAAGAAACUACUUUGCAGCAAUCAGUCGCUCAUCCAAUACAAGAAACACAAGAAACUACUUUUCAGCAACCAGUCACUCAUCCAACACAAGAAACUACUUUCCAGCAACUAGUCGCUCAUCCAACACAAGAAACUACUUUGCAGCAGUCAGUCGCUCAUCCAAUACAAGAAACACAAGAAACUACUUUCCAGCAACCAGUCGCUCAUCCAGCACAAGAAACUACUUUACAGCAACCAGUCGCUUAUCCAACACAAGAAACUACUUUGCAGCAACCAGUCACUCAUCCAGCACAAGAAACUACUUUGCAGCAACCAGUCGCUCAUCCAGCACAAGAAACUACUUUGCAGCAACCAGUCGCUCAUCCAGCACAAGAAACUACUUUGCAGCGACCAGUCACUCAUCCGGCACAGGAAACUACUUUGCAGCAACCAGUCGCUCAUCCAGCACAAGAAAUUACUUUGCAGCAACCAGUCGCUAAUCCAGCACAAGAAACGUCUCGGGUUACGUCUGUAACCCUUGUUCCCUGAGAAGGGAAUGAGACGCUGCGUUGGAAAGACAUUUUGGGGAACGGCUCCAGCGUGACAGCAUCUGAAGCACAUAUUGAGCUAGUCCAAUCUUGAUUGGAGUUGUGUCAUGAUGUCACAUGUGCCUGCGUACCGGAAGCUACAAAGUUGAGCUGGCACAAAACAGUGUCAGCUUUUGAUAGGUCAAAGCAAGUCAUUCUCAGGCACUCAGGAGGUGUGGCAAAGGGACGCAGCAUCUUGUUUCCCUUCUCAGGGAACAAGGGUUACAGACGUAACCCAAGACAUUCCCUUUCAAAGGAACUCACGCUGCGUCAGAACGACACUUUGGGGAACAAAAUACCCGCAGCGCCACACCAAAGAGAGGUGUGAAGCUUGUCAGGCACAACUCAGGACUUGAGAACUUGAGCGCCCGGCGUAGAGGGCAGAUCCAGGCUGUAGUACCUUAUAAAAGUGUGAGGGGAGGCCCAGCCAGCAGCAUCACAGACCUCUUGUAGGGAAACCCCUGAUAACAGGGCUUUGGAGGAAGCCACUCCUCUAGUUGAGUGGGCUUUGAUCAGGAGAGACAAAGCCAAGUCGUGCGCUUCAUAUGCUGUAGAAAUAGCAUCCACAAUCCACCUGCUAAUCAUCUGCUUAGAGGCAGGGGAACCCUUCUUAAGUGACCCAAAGCACACAAGUAGCUGGUCCGACUUCCUCCAGCCGGAGGACCUUUGUACAUAGGCCCCCAAGGCUCUAACAGGGCAUAAUAUAUGUACCUGCAGAAUAACAGACCAUGCCACAUUUAAAGGCACCUUGGCCACAUAGCCCGGGCUAGGGUGGAGAAUGGCCUUUUAACCCUACCAGGAGCGAACUCUAGGCAAGAGGGAGCAACAGAGAGAGCCUGCACGUCCUCUUUUAAGGGACGUAAUAGCAAGCAGGAAGGCCACUUUGAAAGAGAGAGUUUUUUUUUCUGCCACCUCGUCACUGGGUUCAAAGGAUGCCAGGGAUAACCCUUUCAGAACCACUGCCAGGUCCCACAUGGGAACCCUGGCCUGGACGACAGUCCCCAUCCUCUUAGCACCAUGAAGGACACAAAUAAUAAAUUGGUGCUUCCCAAGGGGCCCUCGCUUAAAGGCAUGUAGAAGGCUGCUAUGGCCGCCACAUAUACCUUUAACGUGGAUGGGGAAAGACCAUCAGAGAAACGGCUUUGCAGGAACUCCAGCACUGAAGCCACUGGGCAGUUAACUGGGUCCAACUGACAUUCCCUGCACCAUAAAGUGAACACGUUCCAUUUUAGAGCGUAAAGUUUCCUCAUGGAGGGAGCUCCAGAGUUCAGAAUGGUCUCAACAACCUCAGUUGAGAGACCGGUGCUCAGAAGCUGGUCCCCCUCAGGGGGCCAGACCCAUAGUUUCCAUAACUCUGGAUGAGGUUGAUGAAUUAGGCCCCAGGCUUUAGACAGCAGGUCCUGUCUGAUAGGGAUUUGCCAAGGAGUGCCUGCUAGGAGAACUACGAUGUCUGAAAAUCACACUCAGGCCAGCCAGUACAGGGCUACUAGAAGUAGGCUGACCCCUUGCCAGUGGACCAUUUCUAGAACUCCCGGGAGCAGAGCGAUCAGGGAAAAAGCAUACAGGCGUCACCUCGGCCACACCUGAACCAUGGCAUCCAGCCCCAAGCAAGCUGGAUGUGUGAGGGAGAACCAGAGCAGGCAAUGGGUGUUCUCGUGAGAGAUGAACAGAUCCACCACUGCUUGGCCCAACCUCCUCCAAAUCUGCUCCACCAUCUCGGGGUGGAGCCUCCAUUCCCCAGGCCUUAGCCCCUGCCACGACAGGAUGUCUGCUCCAAAAUUUUGGUCCCCGGGGAUGUACAUAGCUCUGAGAGAGCAAUUUCCCCUGGGACCACAGGACGACUUGAUGCACCAAUCUGCACAGAGGGUGCAAUCUCAAGCCCCCCAGUCGAUUUAUAUAUGAGACCACCGAUGUAAUGAUGUUUUAUUAACAAAUUUCAGGAGGAGCAGGUUCAGAUAAUUAGCCUAAUUAGCACAAGUGGAAAGCAUUCAGCUAAUCAACCAACAAGAGGUAUAUAUACUGCUGACUCAGCCCUCAAUCACCCCAUCUCCUCACUUUUAGUUCUAUCUAUUAUUACCACAUCCGGGGGGAGUACUCUUGGUUCUGGCCAAAAUUCCGAGCUCGGAGCCCUCCCCCCAGACAGCACGCCAAAUAUGCAUAACUUACUCUAUUUAAUUGUAUGUAUAUGUGAACUCGAGAAUUGUCUGUCCAUAUCAGGACAUGAUGGCCCCUGAAAUCUGGAAGGAAGUGUCUAAGGGCUAAGAACACAGCCAUCAUCUCCAGGCAAUUUAUGUGCCAUGAGAGAAGAUGCCCUCUCCACAGACCUCUGGUAAAGCGGCCUUCCAUGACCGCUCCCCAGCCUGUGAGGGAUGCAUCUUCCGUCAUGGCGCAUACAGGGCGCUCCCAACACAGGACCCUGGGACAGGAACCAAGGUUUCUUCCACAUAGUCAAAGAACGAAGGCCCCUGCACGUUCCUUUGAUCAUGCGAAAUGGGUUCCCCCUUGGGGAGAACCCUCUGGUCCUGAGCCACUACUGUAGGAGUCUCAUGUACAGCAGGCCAAAAGGUAUUACAUUGGACGCUGCUGCCAGAAGCCCCCAGCACUCUCUAGAAGUGCUUGACAGUGAUGGCCUGGCCUAGCUUGAUGUUGGUGACUGUAGUCAGAAUACUCUCUAUACGAGCAGGAGACAGCUGUGCCCGCAUCGUAACUGAGUCGCAUACUACCCCCAGAAACGUAGUUCUCUGCUGGGGAUUCUUUUCUUGACAUUCAGCCUUAAACCCAAGCACUCUAUGUGGCGGAGAAUGACAUCUCGAUGUCGAACCACCAUUUUGAUGUCGAACCGCCAUCUCCUCUGACUGAGCUAAGAUGAGCCAGUUGUCCAUGUAGCUGAGUAUACAGAUGCCCUGGAGUCUCAAGGGAGCCAGCGCCACAUCCAUACACUUUGUGAAGGUGCGAGGGGACAGAGCUAGACCGAACGGAAGAACCCGAUAUUGGUACGCUUUUCCCCCGAAAGUGAACCUCAGGAACUUCCUGUGUUGGGGAAGGAUAAAUAUAUGGAAAUACGCAUCUUUUAGAUCUAUGGUGACAAACCAGUCCUCGGAUCUGAUUUGACUCACAAUGAUAGGGAUGGUUAGCAUCUUGAAUCUGAAUCUCCUCAGAAAACGAUUUAACAACCUGAGAUCUAUGAUGGGGCGUAACCCUCCAUCCUUCUUCGGAACUAUGGAGUACCGGCUGUAGAACCCGGUUUCCCUCUCAUGAGGAGGAAAAAUUUCUAUAGCCUCCUUCACUAAGAGAGACUGAACUUCCAUAUCCAUAACCCCAGCCUGCUCGGGGCUGACAAUUGUGUGCACUAUCCCAUUGAACUUCGGUGGACGGUACUCGAACUGAAUUCUGUAACCUUUCUCGACCGUACGCAGGACCCAUGGAGAUAUAUUGAGAAGGUUCCUCCAAGCUUCUACAUGCUCCACUAGGGGAAUCAGUCUCUCGAGACUGACCCCAGGUGUUACGGGUGAAAUAAUUUCGGUCCCCUGAAGCGGCUGGCCAGCAGGGAAAACACGAAGAACAUUUGGUGAACUCUAUAGGGCCGCAA